UCCAAGAUGUCCCUGAUUUUUUAUUUAGGGUUUGGUUUUGCGGGAAAACAAAAUCAAUUCCUUUCUCCGUAGAAUCUCCGAGUUCUUCAGGAAACUCCAUCAAUGAACCUCACUUUAGCUUUCAAGAAACCAGAAAUUUUAGGGCAUUGAGUUGACUCAGUACAAAACGAUCUAUGCUUGAUCUUUUCUAGCCGUCACAGUAAGUGGAAAAUAGAAGAAGAAGAAGAAGAAAAAAACCCUUUUACUCCUGAGUAUAAAUUUCAGCUCAGAUAAUCAUGAACGUUUCAAUAAUCGAUCCUUUACAGGGAGAUUUUCCUGAAGUCAUCGAGGAGUUUUUGGAACAUGGGGUUAUGAAAUGUAUUGCAUUCAACCGUAGAGGAACUCUUCUCGCUGCUGGAUGCUCUGAUGGAAGCUGCAUUAUUUGGGAUUUUGAGACAAGGGGAAUAGCCAAGGAACUUAAAGACUCAGAGUGUAAAACUCCUGUCACAAGCGUUUGUUGGUCAAAGUAUGGUCAUCACGUACUCGUAGCAGCCAUUGACAAAUCCUUAACACUUUGGAAUGUUGUCAGUGGAGACAAAGUAACGCGCAUAACUCUGCAGCAGACUACACUUCAGGCUCGUCUGCAUCCUGGAUCUCACACACCAUCCGUCUGCCUUGCAUGCCCUCUCUCUUCUGCUCCACUCCUUGUUGAACUAAACACUGGAAACACUACAGUGCUACCAGUGUCACUAUCUGAUUUGGAUAAUGGCGCUGUUUCUUCCCGCAACAAGUUUUCAGAUGGAUCUGCUCCUUUAACCCCAACAUCUGCUUGCUUUAACAAGUACGGAGAUCUAAUUUAUGUAGGGAACUCCAAAGGGGAAAUACUAAUUAUUGAUUACAAGAAAGUUGAAUUAUACGGAGUUGUCGUCAAUCCAGGUGCUGCUGUUAUCAAGAGUAUUUCAUUUAGUAGGAAUGGGCUGUAUCUUCUUACAAACUCAAACGAUCGCACCAUUCGGGUUUAUGAGAACCAUCUUUCUCAAAAAGAUGGAGUUAAAGCCCUUGACGAAUUACGUACUAGCUUCGACGAUCUUCAGGGUGUUGAGAAGUUGAAGGCAGUAGGAUCUAAAUGCCUAGUACUUUCUCGGGAGUUUCAAGAUUCAAUAAAUAGGAUACAUUGGAAAGCACCUUGUUUCAGUGGUGAUGGUGAGUGGGUAGUUGGGGCUUCUGGUAAUAAAGGAGAGCAUAAGAUAUAUAUCUGGGAUAGGGCUGGACAUCUUGUGAAGAUUUUAGAAGGUCCUAAAGAAGCAUUGACAGAUCUAGCAUGGCAUCCAGUAAACCCCAUUGUGGUCUCAGUUUCUAUAUCUGGGUUGGUCUAUAUUUGGGCGAAAGAUUAUACUGAGAACUGGAGUGCAUUUGCUCCCGACUUCAAAGAGCUAGAGGAAAAUGAAGAAUAUGUUGAGCGGGAAGAUGAAUUUGAUUUGACGCCUGAAACUGAAAAGGUGAAACAUUCAGGUGUGAACGAAGAUGAAGACGUUGAUAUCCUGACGGUGGAGAAGGAUUCAGCUUUAAGUGAUUCAGAUAUGUCACAAGAAGAGCUGUGUUUCUUACCAGCAGUGCCUUCUCCUGACGUUCUUGAUCUUCAAGACAAGUAUGUCGGGAGUUCAUCAAAAAUGAUCGAUAGCAAUCACUCUGGUUCUCCACUCUCUGAUGAGGCUGGUCAGGAUGGGCAUGGAGUAAACCUUGAUUCAAGUCCAGUAGAUGCAUCAGGUAAUUUAAUUGCAGAUGAUACAGGUGCAACUACUGCAUCCAUGAAGAGAAAACGGAAACUGUCAGAGAAGGGGUUGGAGUUGCAACAGGCAGAGAAAGUGCGAAAGCCAUUAAAAAAACCUAUCAAAUCUUUCAGCGGCAAGAUAUUGAAAAACCGAAAUAAAUCUGUUGAUGAAUAUUUGUCGGCAGAUGAUGAAACUGACUGAGUAAAUUGUUGGCAAUUCUUAACUUCUUAGUUUUGUAUCCUAUUAUCAGUUUUCCACUUGCUUUUCAUGUGGGGAACUUUUCUUAUUCAUAUAUCAUUUAUGGUUGAGGAACACAAAGAAUACAGAACUGCCAGAGGAUGCAUGUUAAGUAUGCUCAUGGUCGGGAUUCAAAAUUGCCAUUACUUAACUAUAUGUAACUGAAACACAACUUUGUUGUAACUCCCUGGCUGGCUCCUUAUUAAGCAGUCCGCGUGCUCCACUCCUAAUCCUCUGUGAAUGUACCCUCCUUUUUCUCCAAUUA